GCCGCAGCGAUCUUUUGGCGAAACCGUCACUUCCGCGGCUGCUCCGAGCUGCCACCACGAUCGCCGCCAAACAUGGAAGAACGUAUCAAGCGAUUAGCUCCAAGCAUCACGAUCAGCGACUGCCCGUCCGAGGUGUUUUGUACGCGAUUCUCCCCCGAUGGAACGUUGUUGGCUGCAGGGUGUGGUGACGGCGCCAUUCGAAUUUUUAACGUUCAAAAUGGCACGCUCGCGUAUACGCUCAUGCAGCCCCAUCACAACUUUGGGUUUGGUAUGCCGUGUACCGCGAUUCGUUUUCGCCCUCUAACGAGCGCGUCCAAGACCAAGAACGUCCUACUUGCCGUCAAUUCAAACGGUUCGGUGGAGCACUGGCACAUCACGUCCGGCAAGUGUCUCCAUGCGAUCACGGAUGACACGAAUCAAUUGUACGCGUUGGACUACCGUGCUGAUGGCGCGGUGUUUGCCACGUCGGGAAAGGAUCACGUGAUUCGCGUGUACGACGAAGCAACCAAGACAGAAGUGACGUCGAUGAAGGGCGGCCACGGCACCCUCACCGCAGGGCACUCGAACCGCGUGUUCAGCGUCAAGUUUCAUCCGCUGGACGAGAACACAAUCAUAUCUGGCGGAUGGGACAACACGAUUCAGAUUUGGGACACGCGCGUCGGCCAUUCGGUCCGCGGCAUCUACGGCCCGCACAUUGCAGGCGACGCCAUUGACAUCAACGCAAAGAAUGAGAUCCUGACGGGGUCGUGGCGCCCUGAAAAUCCUCUGGAGUUGUGGGAUUACGGGUCCGGCAAGCGCCUCUGCACGAUCCCGUGGAACCAAAGCGCGUUGAAGGGCGAGCCGUGCUUCUUGUAUGCGGCGCAGUUCACAAAAGACCCGCGAACCAACUUGAUUGCAGCGGGAGGGAGUGGAUCGAACGAAGGCAAAGUGUUCAGCCACAACACGAACAAGCUCAUUGGAACUGUUGCGGGGCUCAGUCGAGGUGUUUUUACACUGGACUUCUCUCCUGCCGGCGACAAGCUUGCCCUCGCUGGCGCCGACGCGGCGAUACGCAUCAUUGACAUUUACGAUUACGUUCCUGGCGACAAAGCACGCGAGCGCCCGGUGACCCCAUCGAUCAAGUAUGUUGCGUGUUCUGCACCCUCUUGUUCGAUGUGAAAUACUGACACGUUGCAGGAACGCUCCCUUGACGGCGUCUUCCAGCGACCUCCGGAUCCAUUCCCCUCGAGGAGCAUCGUCGCAGCAGCUGCCGACGCCGCCCAAUAUCAUGCCCGUCCAUCAGUAGUUUCCACGAUUUGUCAUGACGGGAACGACCGGCGUUCGCGUGAUGCCGACAUCGCACUUGAACGAGCAAACAAUAUUUGUACAGAUCGAAUGAUAAUUGCAAAUAUCAAGAAAUAUUCGCGGACAAUCGUG